CCAGCCACCGGCGGCGCUAGCACCUCGAAGAGGGCGGCCGGAGCGAGCGCAGCGCAGCGCUGGGACCCGGACUGGGGGUGGGGAGACGAGCCCCGGCCGAGGCGAGGGCCACCCCCUGGUCCUCUGCCCUAGCGCCCCGCCAGGGCCAGGCUUUUGGGCUCUUGGGACUUUCGGAGCUUGCUCUAUCCCAUGUUUACGGGCAGUCACAACCACCUCUUGUUAUUGGGAUCUUGUGAAAGUGCACAAAAGCUUUAAACAAGUGAAAUCUAGACAACAGGCUCCCUGAAGUGUUGACAGCCCAACUUAAUCAUGACCGUGAUUCAAAAAUGUUAAUAAAUAAACCAAGACCAUGGGGAAUUCAUAUGCUGGGCAACUGAAAUCUGCUCAAUUUGAGGAAGCUCUCCAUAACUCCAUAGAAGCGUCUCUCAGAUGUAGUAGUGUGGUACCACGGCCAAUUUUUUCCCAGCUGUAUUUGGACCCUGACCAGCAUCCUUUUUCAUCUGCAGAUGUGAAACCCAAAGUGGAGGAUCUGGAUAAAGAUUUGGUACACCGCUACACUCAAAAUGGAAGCCUGGAUUUUUCUAACAAUCUAACAGUUAAUGAAAUGGAAGAUGAUGAAGAUGAUGAAGAAAUGUCUGAUUCAAAUAGCCCACCAAUUCCCUAUUCACAAAAACCUGCCCCGGAAGGGUCUUGCACUACAGAUGGUUUUUGUCAAGCGGGAAAGGAUUUGCGUUUGGUAUCUCUGUGUAUGGAACAAAUCGACAUCCCAGCAGGAUUCCUCCUGGUGGGGGCCAAGUCUCCCAAUCUUCCCGAGCACAUCCUAGUGUGUGCUGUAGACAAACGAUUUCUACCAGAUGAUCACGGGAAAAAUGCACUUUUAGGGUUUUCUGGAAACUGUAUCGGCUGUGGAGAGAGAGGAUUUCGGUAUUUCACGGAAUUUUCCAACCAUAUUAACUUGAAGCUUACCACCCAGCCAAAGAAGCAGAAGCACUUAAAGUACUACCUAGUCAGAAGCUCCCAGGGUGUACUGUCGAAGGGACCUCUUAUCUGCUGGAAAGAAUGUAGAAGCCGACAAUCCUCUGCUACUUGCCACUCUAUGAAACCAAACUCUUCAGUAUCGUCAACUGUGACUCCGGAAAAUGGCACAACCAAUGGAUACAAAUCAGGAUUCAUUCAGACAGAUUCGCCAAUUCUCAGUCCAGCUAAUUCUGCAAUCAAUUUAAGUGGAGCUCAGGACCUGACCCGGAAUAAGAAUGUUGUGAAGCCACUGGCUUUAUCUUUGCAGGUUGUAGGGAAGACUUUUGCCGCAGACGCUGCUAAUGGAAACAGUAGCCAUGGAGGAAAGAGCAGUGCAGCCAGCUCCACUCCAGCCCGCCCAGGGAAUUACUCUUUGUCACCAAGACCUAGCUAUGCAUCAGGAGACCAAGCUACCAUGUUCAUUUCUGGGCCACCAAAGAAACGACACCGGGGAUGGUAUCCUGGGUCACCUGUCCCGCAACCUGGUUUAGUUGUACCUGUUCCUACAGUUCGCCCUCUUUCAAGAACUGAGUCCCUUUUAUCUGCUCCAGUUCCACAGACCCCAUUAACUGGAAUUUUACAACCUCGACCCAUUCCUGCAGGGGAAACUGUAAUUGUUCCUGAAAACCUGCUGAGUAACUCAGGAGUUAGACCAGUAAUUCUGAUAGGCUAUGGCACUUUACCCUAUUUCUAUGGAAAUGUUGGUGACAUUGUUGUGAGUCCUCUGCUGGUGAAUUGCUACAAGAUUUCACAGUUGGAAAACAAAGAUUUGGAACACUUAGGGUUGACUGGCAGCCAACUCCUGAGCGUCGAAAACAUGAUUCUUCUGACGAUACAGUAUCUUGUACGGCUAGGUCCUGAUCAGAUACCUCUCAGGGAAGAAUUUGAGCAAAUCAUGCUGAAGGCUAUGCAGGAAUUUACUCUGAGAGAGAGAACCCUGCAGCUGGGUGCUCAGUGUACCCCUGUGUCUCCAGGACAACUCCCCUGGCUUGCGAGACUAAUUGCCAGCGUAUCUCAAGACUUGGUUCAUGUGAUCGUGACCCAAAACUCUUUGGCCGAGGGCAUUUCAGAGACAUUGAGGACUCUCAGUGAAAUGAGACACUAUCAAAGACUACCAGAUUAUGUGGUGGCGAUUUGUGCCUCAAAAAUCAGAGGAAACGAAUUUUGUGUGGUAGUGUUAGGUCAGCAUCAGUCCAGAGCUCUGGCAGAGAGCAUGCUCACCACAAGUGAGUUUUUGAAAGAAAUUAGUUAUGAGCUCAUCACAGGAAAGGUCAGUUUCCUGGCAUCACAUUUCAAAACCACAUCAUUAGGCGAUGACCUGGACAAGCUGCUAGACAAAAUGCAACAGAGAAGAGGAGAGAGUGUGGUGACCCCUUUCAAUGGAGAUCUUAACGAGUGUGUGUCAGCUCAGGAGGCUGCCGCUAUGAUCCCCACGCAAAACCUGGAUUUAGAUAAUGAGACCUUCCAAAUUUACCAACCACAGCUAACGGUUGCCAGAAAACUCUUAUCCCAGGUGUGUGCCAUAGCAGACAGCGGCAGCCAGAGCCUGGACCUGGGCCACUUCAGCAAAGUGGACUUUAUCAUCAUUGUCCCAAGAUCGGAGGUUCUGGUCCAGCAAACUCUUCAACGGAUUCGACAAUCAGGUGUCCUUGUAGACUUGGGUCUGGAGGAAAAUGGGACGGCUUAUCAGAGAGCAGAGAAAUAUGUUGUUCGUCUAGACAAUGAGAUUCAAACCAAGUUUGAAGUUUUUAUGAGAAGGGUAAAACAGAACCCAUACACACUGUUUGUGCUGGUUCAUGACAACUCCCAUGUGGAACUAACGAGUGUCAUUUCGGGUUCUUUGUCACAUGGCGAACCCAGUCAUGGAUUGGCUGAUAGAGUCAUUAACUGCAGAGAAGUCCUGGAAGCUUUCAAUCUGCUGGUGCUCCAGGUUAGCUCCUUCCCGUACACACUACAGACCCAACAGUCUCGAAUCAGCUCCAGCAAUGAAGUUCACUGGAUACAGCUGGACGGCAUGGAGGACAUGAGCUGCCAGGAGAAGCUGUAUUUUGGCCUGAAUGAAUACAGUAAGUCUCUACAGUGGGGAAUCACAAGCCCCCUUCUGAGAUGCGAUGAGACUUUUGAAAAAAUGGUGAACACGCUCUUGGAAAGGUACCCCAGGCUGCACAGCAUGGUUGUCCGCUGCUACCUUCUCAUCCAGCAGUACUCAGAGGCUCUGAUGGCUCUCACCACCAUGGCGUCGCUCCGAGACCACAGCACCCCGGAAACACUCAGCAUUAUGGAUGACCUCAUCAGCUCCCCGGGAAAAACCAGAAGUGGGAGGGGACACAUGCUCAUUAUCAGGGUGCCUUCCGUGCAGCUGGCGAUGUUAGCCAAGGAGCGGCUGCAGGAGGUGCGCGACAAGCUGGGGCUGCAAUACCGCUUCGAGAUCAUCCUCGGGAACCCUGCCUCUGAACUCAGUGUCUCAACGCACUUUGUGGCACGAUUAAAGACCUGGAGAGGAAAUGAACCAGAAGAGUGGACCCCUCGGACAUACCAAGAUUUAGAAGGUCUGCCUUGUAUCGUGAUAUUAACUGGCAAAGAUCCUCUUGGAGAAACCUUUCCCAGGUCUUUGAAGUACUGUGACCUGCGGCUCAUCGACUCAAGCUACUUAACUCGCACAGCCUUGGAGCAGGAGGUGGGUCUGGCGUGCUGCUACGUCUCAAAAGAGGUCAUCCGGGGCCCCGCUGUUGCCCUGGACCUUAGCGGGAAGGAGCAGGAGAGAGCCACCGCCAGCGAGAAUGAUGCUGAUGAGCUGCUGAUCGACCUGGAGAGGCCACAGAGCAACAGUAGUGCUGUCACUGGAACCUCGGGCUCCAUCAUGGAGAACGGGGUGAGCUCUUCCAGCACCGCCGACAAGUCCCAGAAGCUGUCACUGACCCCCAGCUUCCAGAGCCCAGCCAACAGCAUGGGGCUGGAUGAAGGGGUCUCCACGGGCACAGCGGGAGCUGGGGAGACCCUGAAGCAGGAGUGCGAUUCCCUCGGCCCCCAGAUGGCCAGCAGCACCACCUCCAAGCCGUCCUCGUCCUCCUCCGCCUCGGGCCCCCGGGCCCUAGUGUGGCCCGGGCAGCCGCCCCAGGGCUGCGGGGGCCUACACGCCACCCUGCCCCCGAUCGUGAUCUUAUCGAAGGCGGCCUACAGCCUGCUGGGCUCCCCGCGAGGAGGCAAGCCGCCCGCGUCCUCCUCGCUGCUGCCGCACGCCGACGUGGCCUGGGUGAGCUCCCUGCGGCCGCUGCUGCACAAGGACAUGAGCAGCGAGGAGCAGUCCCUCUACUACCGGCAGUGGACCUCGGCUCGACAGCACCACGCCGACUUCAGCAACCAGCCGGACCCCGCUUCCGGCGCCCGCACCUGCCACCCCCGGCGGCUGCUGCUGACCGGCCCCCCUCAGGUGGGAAAGACCGGCUCCUACCUGCAGUUCCUUAGGAUCCUCUUCCGCAUGCUCAUCAGGCUCCUGGAGGUGGACGUGUAUGAUGAGGGAGAGAUCAACACGGAUCACAGUGAAAGCAGUGAGGUCAGCCAGUCAGAGGGAGAGCCCUGGCCUGACAUCGAGAGCUUCAGUAAAAUGCCCUUUGACGUCAGCGUUCACGAUCCCAAGUACCGUUUGAUGAGCCUGGUCUAUACGGAGAAGCUGGCAGGGGUCAAGCAAGAAGCAAUAAAGGAUGCCAAAGCCGAGGAGCCCAGGAAGCGAGGAACGGUGUCCAUGAUGCUGACCAAGUACGCGGCCUACAACACCUUCCACCACUGCGAGCAAUGCCAGCAGUACAUGGACUUCACCUCUGCCUCCCAGAUGUCUGACUCCACUCUUCACGCAUUCACAUUCUCUUCCUCUAUGCUGGGAGAAGAGGUGCAGCUCUAUUUCAUCAUUCCCAAGUCCAAAGAGAGUCAUUUUGUCUUCAGCAAGCAGGGCAAACACCUGGAGAGCAUGCGGCUGCCCCUGGUGUCAGACAAGAAUUUGAAUGCAGUCAAGAGCCCUAUUUUCACUCCUUCCAGUGGUCGCCAUGAGCACGGACUCCUAAACCUCUUUCAUGCCAUGGAGGGCAUCAGCCACCUGCACCUUCUGGUGGUCAAAGAAUACGAGAUGCCUCUGUACCGCAAGUACUGGCCCAACCACAUCAUGCUGGUGCUCCCUGGGAUGUUCAAUAACGCAGGCGUGGGUGCUGCCAGGUUUCUCAUUAAGGAGCUGUCCUACCACAAUCUGGAACUGGAGAGGAACCGCCUGGAAGAACUGGGAGUCAAACGCCAGUGUGUCUGGCCUUUCAUCGUUGUGAUGGAUGACUCGUGUGUUCUGUGGAACAUUCACAGUGUUCAGGAUCAGAGCAGCCAGCCCAUGGAAGCAGGAGUUUCCAGUAAGAAUGUGUCCUUGAAGAGUGUCUUGCAGCAUAUUGAAGCAACACCAAAAAUCAUCCACUAUGCAAUCCUGGGCAUCCAGAAAUGGAGCAGCAAGUUGACUUCUCAGAGCCUGAAAGCCCCAUUUUCUAGGUGCCACGUGCAUGACUUCAUUCUCCUUAACAUAGACUUGACUCAGAAUGUACAGUACGACUUCAACAGGUAUUUCUGUGAAGAUGUUGACUUUAACCUGAGAACAAACAGUAGUGGCCUGCUCAUCUGCCGCUUUAAUAACUUCAGUCUCAUGAAGAAACAUGUUCAGGUUGGAGGGCAAAGGGACUUUAUCAUUAAACCAAAGAUCAUGGUGUCAGAGAGCUUAGCACCCAUCUUGCCCCUUCAGUAUGUCUGUGCUCCCGACAGUGAACAUACACUACUGGCAGCCCCUGCGCAGUUUCUCCUGGAGAAGUUCCUUCAGCACGCUUCCUACAAACUCUUCCCCAAAGCCAUCCAUAACUUCAAGAGUCCUGUAUUGGCCAUUGACUGCUACCUUAACAUUGGACCAGAGGUGGCCAUAUGCUACGUCAGCUCCAGGCCCCACUCCAGCAAUGUCAGCUGUGAAGGGGUGUUUUUCAGUGGACUUCUCUUGUACCUCUGUGACUCUUUUGUAGGUGCUGAUCUUCUGAAGAAAUUUAAGUUUCUAAAAGGUGCUACCCUAUGUGUCAUCUGCCAAGACAGAAGCUCCUUACGCCAAACAAUUGUCCGCUUAGAGCUAGAGGAUGAGUGGCAGUUCCGCCUCCGGGACGAGUUUCAAACCGCUAACAGCAGUGAUGACAAGCCCCUCUACUUUCUUACUGGCCGCCACGUAUGACCUUUUGAAGAGACCAAACACAGCAAAGGGAUGCCUAGGUGGGGUGGGGCAGAAACAAUUACUUGGGAUUUUUUUCCUUUAAGGUACAAUCACUGUGGAGCAAAGUGCAACAUAUUUGUUCUCCAAAGAAAUCCACCCCUCCAACCCCAACUUGACCCAGGUCUUUGGGGCUAUCAUUCUCUUUCAGUUCCACUGUCAGGAUCUUAAAUUCAGGUUAACUCCACCCUAGGCAGUUAUGCAAUUACUUAAGACAUGGUCUGCCAUGGGAGCCUGAGGAGGACGUACUUUGGAGAAUGAACAUGGAGUUUGCAUUGUUUUUUCUACUACACUAUGUUAGGGGGAAAACAGACUCUCGGCAUUAGCUAGUCUGAAUGUGUUACAUGAGACUCACACCGUUGGUGUGGAAUUAAUUGAAGAUUAACGUUUGAGGCCUGAACCCUCAGUUUCUCUUCAGAUCUGUACUUUGGUACAGUUUUACUCAGGGGUCUGAAAUGAUAGAAUGUAGAAGAUAUUUGUAUUU